CCAUCAUCUCUAUCGUUUCCAACAAUGUCGUCGAUACCAAUAUGCGACGAUGAAAAGGUGCUCCUACCUAAGGCCAAUCCUACCGCCGCUUUCUGCACUUGCUCCGGUUGCUCCGCUCGCUCCGCACGUCGCGCUCGGAAGCUGCAGCUACUGUACGCAAUGAAGCAGGCGGUCCUUGUUACAGGCAUUUGUGUGGUUGCGAUGUAUGUGCUGUGGGGAUUCCACACGGGGCUGGUACAAAUCUCGACGACCACACCCUCCGUAACCGCCGCUACGGGGAAGUUUAGAUGGACUGAUAUCACACCCACGUCGGACCUCAUCUGGCACCCAUGCUUCGACGGCCUCGCCUGUGCGCGUCUCGAUGUUCCACUCGACUACACCAACUCCUCGGACCCUCGCCGCGCCGCCAUAGCACUCACCAAGGUUCCUGCGUCCGUUCCCGAGACCUCGGACGCCUGGUCCGGUCCUGUACUCCUCAACCCCGGCGGGCCCGGCGGAAGCGGCGUGGCAUUUGUCACUCAGGCGGGGAAGAUGCUACAGCGCAUCGUUGGGAACACGCAUUCAGUCAUCGGAUUUGAUCCCCGUGGGGUGAACAACACUACCCCGGCCACAAGCUGCUUUCCUAGCGAUGCCGCGAGGAUGCAGUGGUAUCUGCGGGCUGGAGGCUGGGUUAUGGGAAGUGGAAAUGGUCAGAUAGUGGCAAUCGAAUAUGCGAGGUCGAUGUCGCUAGGGAGCGUCUGCGAUAAAGGUGGGACGGGUGGAGACUUCGCCGGUACCCCGAAUGUCGCUCGUGAUAUGUUAUCCAUCGUCGAAGCGUCGUGGAAAUCCGUGGACAAGGACCCCUCCAAGCGGGGACUCCGCUACUGGGGAUUCUCGUACGGUACCGUCCUCGGGCAGACAUUCGCGAGCAUGUUCCCUUCGCGCGUCGAACGAGUCGUGGUCGAUGGCGUAGUCGACAUUGACGAUUACUACGCCGGUGGCUGGCGGACGAACCUCCAGGACGCGGACAAAGUCAUUGCAAGUUUCUACAACUACUGCUCCCUCGCCAACGGCACCUGUGCACUCUCCGAACCGACUGCUGCGGGUGUCGAAGCACGAGUGACACGUCUACGAGAGAAGGUCCGUCAAGAACCAGCGCCAGUCUACGGCGACCACGCGCCGGAUUGGGUCACGGAGUCUGACAUCCUUACCGUCAUCUUCUGGUCGCUGUACACUCCCCUCAUACGCUUCCCCGUUGCGGCACACGCUCUCGCUUCUCUCGAGAAUGGUGACGCCUCCAAAGUCGUGGAGAUUAUCCACCUCAACUUCGAGUGCAAUUGUGUCUCCGAUCCACUGCCGAAUACCGGGACCGAGGCGGACUCCGCGAUUCUAUGCCAGGACGGCGGCGGGAACAACGCGACUCUCGACGAGUUCCGUGGGUAUGUCAAGGAGCUACAGGGGCAGAGUGCGCUCAUCGGAGGGAACUGGGCACGGAUUCAGAUGUCGUGUGUUGGCCGCAAGACCCCCGCCCAAGGCCUCGUGCCGUGGCGACGAGACGGCGAGAGUGGAUGGGGCGGCCACACAUGGGGCAAGAACACUUCCUACCCCUUGCUCUUCGCCAGCACCUCGCUAGACCCUGUCACGCCGCUGAGGAAUGCGGAGGCUAUGAGGAAGCGCUUCCCUGGCGCUGGACUGCUGAUCCAGCACAGCGAGGGCCAUUGCUCGAUCAGCACGCCCAGUGCCUGUUCGGCGGCCGUGGUAGGGAAGUACUUUGAGACCGGCAAGGUGGAGGACGAGGUGGAAUGUGAAGCUGAUGCUCGUCCGUGGGAUGCGAUUUCGCACAGUGAGUUCCGGCAGGAGUCGAUGUUUUUGGCUGAGAGCUGGGAUCCCGUUGUGCCUGGGGGCUGGAAAUGA